CACGGAUUGUGGCGGUGCGCAUCGCCGGCCCGCAGAGUAUCUAAAGUGCUCCACCGCCCGCCUCCUCCUUCCGUCCUCGUCAGCGCCAUCGUCUUCCUCCUCCGCCUCCUCCACCCCUCCGCCUCGUCGUCCGCUGCCAUGAACCCCCGGGCGUACCUGCUCUCCGCGGUCUUCACCGUCGGCCUCUUCCUCCUGCUCGCAUCCGUCUCCUCGACCUCGUCCUCCUCUUCCGCAGCCGCCCCUUCCCUGGCCCCCUUCUCGGCCAUCAUCACAUCCCCCCAGACAAACACAACCUUCCCCGCCCGCCCCGCCGCCUUUGGCCCGACCCUCGUGCUCUCUGACGACUCUGACGACCAGCCCGCCGUCGCCUUCUCCGGCCUGCUCUAUGUGCUAGACUCCCACGGCUGCUCCGUGCAGGCCGCGCCGGACCUGCGUGACAAGAUCGCGCUCGUCCUCCGUGGCGAGUGCUCGUUCUACGAGAAAGUGCUCAACCUCCAGAGCUGGGGCGCGUCCGCCGUCAUCGUCGGCGACGUCGAGGGCUCCCGCGGCCUGCUCACCAUGUCUGCCAAAGGCGACACGCACAAGGCCCGAAUCCCUUCGUUCUUCGUCUCGCACGCCUCGUACGAGGCACUCGCCCUCCUCGACUCUGUCUCCAUCAUCCCCUCGCAGCCGCCGUCGCCCGUGCUCGACACGCUGCUCUUCCUCUUGCUCUCGCCCCUGCUCUCGCUUUCGCUCAUCUACGCGCUCUUGCUCUUCCACCGCCGCUACAAGCGCAUGCGUGACCGGGCUCCCAAGGCGUUCGUGGACUCGCUCCCCGUCCGCACGUGGGGCGUUGACUCCAACCCUCACGAGAAGGUUUGGGGCUCAUCCGAUGAGUGCGUAAUCUGUCUUGAGGACUAUAUUCCUGCCAUCAGUCGCGUCAUGCGUCUGCCCUGUGGCCACGAAUUUCACUCGAGCUGCAUGUGAGCAUCCCUUUUUCUUUAGUGCGUGUGACUAGUGUGACUGACCGUUAUUUUUUUCCUUUGAUAGUACUCCCUGGCUCACCC